AUGGCUGACGGACUAAACGAUCAAAGAACUGCUCGGGUAGCAGAUCUUCUCUCAGACUUCCGCACUCUUCAAUACUACAUCGCCGCUGCUCCUACUGACCCAUCAAACAUUGAGGAUUACUAUACGGAAGGAUAUGCCGCUCUUCGUCAAUGUUCCCUUGAUGGCCAGCAUAUCCUGAAUUGUGCUGCUGAGACUCGAGUUCCACGUGUUCGAGGUGGUGCAGAUGAGCAAGCUAAAGCGGAAUUGCAACAGGUACUCCUUGACGCCUUUUCCCGCCGUCACGAGGCUCAGAAGAUCUACCUCCGUCAAGGCGCUGCACAGCGUUGGAUCAGUUACAGAGAUGAAAUCUUGCAAGGCCAGAGACCUCAUACCGGGCACACUGAUCAAUUGAACGUAUGCGAUAUGCAACUUCGAGCAGAAUUGGUAUCGAUCGCGGACGAGGCCAUAUACUCGGAUCUGAGAUCGUCUGAUUAUAGGAUGGGGCGCUGGACGCAGGAAGAUCCGAGCUUGAGACAUGUGCAGAGAUGGGUUAGGGCUAGACGUUGA